CAGUGUUGGCAACAUGAGGUUGCUGCGGUGGAAGAAACGGAUCCGUCUGGUUGGAGGGAUUGUGUUUAUCUUCUGUGCCGUUGCAUUUUUAAAGGCUGUAUAUCAACAACUAACUGAAACUAAAUCACAUACGAUGAAGUCUCUCCAUCAGCUGGAGUCAAGCAUCAAGAAACUGGAGCAGCUAAAGGGGUCUGAACAGAAGAUCCAGGACCAGAUGGUGGAUCCAAAUCAGAAAAAGCACCAAAUUAUUUUUCCCCAGUCUGCCCUCUUCAGGAAGUGGGGUGAUGAUCUCUCUGAGGGAGACCAAAGAAAAGCUCUCGCUUUGUUUGUGAAGUACGGAUACAACAGUUUUCUCAGCGAUCGCCUCCCGUUAGAUCGAGCUCUUCCAGAAACCAGAGAUCCACGAUGUCUCCUAAAGAGUUACCCCCAAGACCUGCCAAGUAUUGGAGUGUUGCUGAUCUACCAGAAUGAGGCCCUGUCAGUCGUCCAAAGAGCCAUACGUAGCGUCGUGGACCAUACCCCUAAGCACCUGCUGAAGGAGAUCAUAUUGGUGGAUGAUCACAGCUCCAAUGAAAAACUAAAAGAGGAACUUGACAUGUAUUUGAAGCUGAUAGAGGAGCAGAAUCCAAGUGUCCGUAUUGUAAUAAUGAGGCACAAAGAGCACAGAGGCCUCGCUUAUUCCAGGGCGUCUGCAUGCAGAGCUGCAACUGCUGACGUGGUGGCCAUCCUGGACGGGCACAUCGAAGUCCAGGAGAUGUGGGCUGAACCCCUGCUGGCCCGGAUUAAAGAAGACUGGACAAUAGUGACAUCCCCUGUGUUUGACGUGGUGGAGUUUGAUACCUUCAACGUUUUGCCGUGCACACCAACAGUGCAUUCCUUUGACUGGAGUUUGUUGUGCAGGCAUGAUGGUUUUUCACCUGAGUAUGAGAAACUCAAAGACACUUCAUUGCCAGAGAAGAGUCCUUCUGUCCUGCACACCUUUGUUGCCAACAGACACUUUAUAGAAGAAAUUGGAGUCCUCACUGAAGGAAUGUACGAGAAUCAUGGAGAGAAUGUUGAGCUUGGAAUUCACGUGUGGACAUGUGGAGGAAGCAUUGAAAUAGUUCCAUGUUCCAGGAUUGCCCACAUUGAGGGGUACCAUAAGCUCUAUGUGCAUGCAGUGGGUCUGGCACAGAGAACGGAUGCCCUAAGAGCAGCAGAGGUCUGGAUGGAUGAAUACAAGCACAAUGUCAACUUGGCUUGGAACCUGCCUUUUAAGGAUCACGGAAUAGACAUAGGCGAUGUCUCUGAGAGAAAAAAAUUCAGAGAAACAUUACAAUGUAAUACGUUCAAAUGGUAUCUGGAUAAUGUGUAUCCCAGGUUGGAUCCUUGGGACAAUCUCCUUGCAUACGGAGCGAUGAGAAAUAUUAACUCCAACAUGUGCAUAGAUGAAGGUUCUGGUGAUAGCCACACACCAGUUGCCUUAACCUGCUACUACUACCAACCUCAAGACUCAUUUUACCGCUCGACUGGUGAGUUGUACAUCGGUGACAUCAAGUCCCACAAGUAUGAACAAAAUCAGUGCUUAACUGACAGUGAUGGCAAUGAGGAGCCUAGACUUUACUACUGUAAUGAGGCUUUGGAGAAAGGAAUGGGCAUUUACUGGGACUUCACUCAGGGCAAACAACUGAAGAACAGACUGACAAAGAGAUGUGUGGAAGUCAUUAACAGCAAACUUGUAAUGCAGAAAUGUACCGGCCAAAGUUGGGAAGUGCAAAAAAUAAUCAAAGCCUUUUAGAGGGCAACAAGAAAUACUCUUGGUCAUUGGUCAGUGGUUAAUAAAUGUGUGUCUACAAUGGCAAUAACUGAUUGUUAAAUUUAGCUCCUCUUAAAGUUACAUUGUGUAUGAUUUUGGGGUGCUUGUUAGCAGAAAUUGAAUGUAGCAUUCAUAACCAUCUGUUCAUUUGUGUAAGAACAGACCUCAAACAAGGAAUUGUGUUUUCAUGAGCUUAAAGUGAACCCUUCAAAUCUCGCGAGCCCCCUCGUGGAGGCUGCCAUGUUACAUCACCAUGUCGAUAUGGUCGCAAUUACAGGCAACAUGUGACUUAGUGGUUAGCACUGUUGCCUCACAGCAAGGAGGUCAUGGGUUCAAUUCUGACAUGUGGCCUUUCUGUGUGGAGUUUGCAUGUUCUCCCUGUGUUUGCAUGGGUUUCC